AUGUCAGACUCAGACUUACGACCAGGGCAGAACCUCGCCCAUCUCCUUCCUCCCUCAUGGAAAACAGAGGUCAGCAGGUGGUAUGCUGAAGAUACACCUUCCUUCGAUUGGGCUGGGUUCGUUGUAGGAGAGGAAGAGCAGGAGGCUAUACUUUGGGGAAAGAGCGGGGGUGUAUUGGCUGGUGUACCAUUCUUUGACGAAGUGUUCAAACAAGCUGAAUGCACUGUCGAAUGGUUGCUACCUGAAGGAUCAGUGAUCCAACCUAAAACAAAGACGAAAGUAGCCAUAGUUCGAGGAAAAGCUAGACAGCUGUUGUUAGCUGAGAGAGUGGGUUUGAAUACUUUGGCAAGAUGUAGUGGAAUUGCUAGUGUAUCCCGCCGAUUCCGUGAUUUGGCAAGAGCAGAAGGAUGGAAAGGUGUAGUUGCGGGAACGAGAAAGACCACACCUGGAUUCAGAUUAGUAGAGAAAUACGGUAUGAUGGUUGGUGGUGUUGAUCCCCAUCGACAUGAUUUGUCAAGUAUGGUCAUGUUGAAAGACAAUCAUAUUUGGGCCACUGGCUCAAUAACCCAAGCUAUCAAAUCCGUCCGACGAGUUGCCGGAUUCUCCCUUUUGGUCAACGUAGAAUGCCAGAACUACGAAGAAGCCAACGAAGCCAUCUCGGCAGGAGCGAACAUCGUCAUGUUGGAUAACCUCUUGGGGGAGGAGUUGCACGGCGCAGCCAAGAGGUUGAAAGAGGAAUGGAAGGGUAAAAGAGAAUUUUUGAUAGAGACUUCCGGUGGGAUUGUUGAAGGUGGAUUAAAAGCGAGAUUGGGACCUGAUAUCGAUAUAUUAUCUACGUCGGCUGUACAUCAAUCUUGCCCUCAUGUUGAUUUCUCACUCAAGAUUCAACCAAGAAAGAAAUAA